AGAAGAAGAAGAACAUGGCUCGAAUCAGCCAUGUCGUUUUCAUCACCCUAAACGUCUUCACUUCCAUCUUCGGCCUGGUUUGCGUAACCGGCUCAAUUUAUUUCUACAUAGAAAAGGGUAUGGACUGCCAGCAAGUCCUUCAAGCCCCAUUGUUGAUUUCUGGUCUAUUGACCUUCGUCGUUUCCGUCAUGGGCUUACUGGCUUCAUGCUUCAGAAUCAACUCUCUCCUCAUCGUCUACAUUUUGCUAAUGUUCUUCGUCAUUCUCCUCCAUGCCGCCUUCACCUUGUUCAUGGUUUUUGUCGCCAAUAGAAACACUGGCAUCGUGGCGAUCAAACUCGGGUUCGAGAAGCAAUUUGUUCACGACAUUAACAGGCGAUGGCUGAAGAGAUAUUUCUUGAGCGCCAAGAGAUGGAGUGGUAUUAGGGAUUGUUUAGCGGAGUCUGGUGUUUGCAGCGAUCAGGAUAAGAUUGCUGUCAGCCAUGCCUUGCAUUUUUUUAAGGGCAAAUUGUCUCCCUUGCUGGUGGGCUGCUGCAAGCCACCGCGCUUCUGUGGAUUCCAACAGAAGAACACAACCUUCUGGGAAAUGCCCAGAAGAGGACCAGCUGUGCCAAACAGUGACUGCAGUACAUGGAGCAACAACCAAAACAAGCUCUGCUUCGACUGCAACUCGUGCAAGGUAGGAGCCGUGACAGACAUUAUUAGUAAAUGGAGAACUCUUACCAAAUCCUUCUUCAUUUUCAUUCUUGUCGCCUUCGUUAUCUUGAUCAUUACUACCUCCAGCAGGAGGAAAAUCAUGAAUAAGCGAAAAAAUAUUGACUCUAGAGCCUGACCACGCCCGUACUAACAUAUUCACUGAUUCAUGUGAUCACAUCAUUGAACCUUUACAGAGGCGUGUUCGAUUUAGAGAUGGAAAUUCAAAAGCUCUAAUUCUGUCGCUCUUACAUUUAGAACUGUCAUAAGAUCAAAUAAACGAAAUUCUAACGUAUAGCAGUACCUCAGGACACAUAAUAUACGGUACCCUAGGUUGUUUCUAACCUUCAAUAUCUCAGCAACAAUUGUAAAAAUUGUAAAGAUUCUAUUUGUUCCAUCUCACAAUUUUGGGAAUAGAAAAACAUAGAGUACCUUAAAGGCACUAAUUUAGACUUUGCUAUGGGCUGUGUAUUGUA